UCACAAAAGAGGUGUUGGCCAUUCGCUACCAGGUCAUCCACCUCCCAACAACCCCAGAGGACCUGGAGGUAGUGUCCCGUGGGUUUGCAGGGCUGGCACGCCACAGAGCCUUUAUGAAAGCGGUGGGUGCAAUCGACGGCUGCCACAUACGCAUCACGUGUCCAAGUGGCCCUGAUGGUCAGUGCUAUAGGAACAGAAAACUGUUUCCAUCAAUCAUCUUGCAGGCCGUUUGUGACCAUGGGGGCCGCUUCAUCGACACAUACGUGGCCUGGGUCGGUGCAUGAUUCCAGGGUACUCCGCCACAGCCCACUGUAUAGUCAGUCAGUCUAUCCUCCUCCAGGGCAUUUCAUCCUCGCAGAUGGAGGGUACCCAUGCCUCCAGCGUCCAGUCCCCCUUAUCACACCCUACAAGAGGCCAGUCCAAGGUGUGGGAGCCCAGCGCUUUAACAGCCAUCAUUCCAGGGCACGCUCCAUAAUAGAGCGUGCUUUUGGGAUGAUGAAGAGCAGGUUCAGGGCCAUCUUCCUGCAAGCGCUGGAGGUGCACCACACCUUUGUACCUCAUGUAAUAACAGCAUGUGCCAUCCUCCACAACAUUUGCCUCAGUGCUGGCGACAUUGUGGCUCCUGAGGAUGAACCUGAGGAAGAUGGAGCAGAGGAUGAUGAGGGGGAGGCUGGAUUGGAGGCAGUCAGUGGUGCUCUGUGCUCUGUGAGUUCAGUGAAAUUUGUUUUCAUCAAUUAAAAUAACACAGAAAAAGGUAAGAAAUGUAUUCAAAAAAAAGAAUAUCUGAAGGCACAACCAAUUUGGGAACUAAUUUUCAUUAAUCAAAAACUUUUAGAAUGACAUAACUAAUAGAACAAAGUAAGAACAUUAUCUGAAUAUAUUUUUAACUUGUUUAGGAACUAAUCUUUCCAGUAUGGAAAAAAGUCUGUCCAUCCUGUCCCUGCUCUCCUGUUCUCUCCUCUCCUCAGCCUCCCUUUGGUACUGCAUGUCCUCUUUGAUGAGCUCAAGGAGCUCAUCCCCCCUUUCCCUUCUCCUCUUCCUUCCGGUUGUUGCUGGCUGACCUCCUUCCUCAUCUGUCUCCUCUUCCCUCUCGCUUUGGUCACCCACUGCUGUACUUGGCCCUGGAGUGUCCUCAGGGAGAGAGGAAAUAAGGACAGGGGGCCUAAUGGAAGGCCUCUGUUCCAUCACCUCAUCCAUGAGGCCAAACCAGGGCCAAGUAGCAGCAGUGGG